AUGAGUUUGAGGGUUGUGUCAUGUCAUUCAGGUUGUGUCAUUCGCCACGCGUGGGAAAAAUACCUUGGACAAAAUCAAUAUUGCCCCCUUUACAAACAGCUCAAUGACGAAGACAACCACGGCAUCUUUGGCAAGUGUAACAACCCUAACGGCCACGGACACAACUACAAGCUUGAGGUGACAGUGCGAGGACCUGUUGAUGCCGUGACUGGGAUGGUGAUGAAUGUGACAGACCUCAAGCAGAUCAUCAACAGCGUAGUCAUGGAUGUCAUGGACCACAAGCAUCUUGAUUUGGACGUCCCUGUCUUUAGGGACUCAAAUCUCGUCAGUACUACAGAAAAUGUCGCAGUUGUCAUAUAUGAGGCCAUCCAGGGUCAACUUCCGAGCCAGGUGACCUUGUACGAAAUUAAGGUUCAUGAGACUGACAAGAAUAUUGUUGUCUACAGGGGAGAACAAGAAUGAAAAAUUUAUAACAAAUUUGAUCAGUAAGUGCCAAACAAGAGUUUAAAUGAGAUUAGUUUUGAUAUCAAACUUUCUGUAUGUGAAUGCAAUAGCUUAGGUAUAGACUAAAGGUCUUCCAACUCCUUUGUUCUGUCAAGGUUAUAUGAAUUAAAAAUACUUUUUGUAUCUUGAUUUUUUUUUUAUGUUAUCAGUUUGAAAUAAUAAAUUGUUUUAAAAGUA